GUAUAUGUAUGUUUGUACAGUAAAUGUAUAUGUACAGUAUAUGUAUGUUCGUACCGUGAAUGUGCGCGUGGAUGGAUGGACUUGGAGUAUGUAGAUAUGUAAUGUAUUUGUGUAUGUGGAAUUGGACAGAAAGGAGGACUUUUUCUCUUCUCCAUUUGAAAAUGUGGACGUUGUCAUCACUACUGUCUGAUUCCAAUCAAUGCAAGUCAUCCCAAUCAGCUAUAGAACAAGCGGUAGGAAAUGGAUGGAUGGAUGGAUAUAUAUAUGAAUGAGGUAGAUCACCUCCACUUGGUCAGUAGAAAAGUAGCUGGCUUGCAGAAAAAGUGUGGGCACCCCUGAUCUAAAUUCAUUGUCCUCCUGCUGUAAUUGAAUAUCUGUUGUUUUUUUUUUCAGGUGUUCAGUUGCUGCUGAGGCAAUGGAGGACAAAACAAUUGUUUUUUAUGAAUUUCUAAACCGCUCGUGAAAACCUAAAGGCCUUUUUGAUAAAUAGUGCACUUUUUUUGCAGAUGAAACACCUGCAAACACGUGAAACAAAUACCUAUAUGUACAUUUACAUGAGAUGCAAGAUUUAUUCUUAAAUGACUACUGAUUGACUGCUCUAUUGAUCCUUGGACCUGCAACAAAAACAUUCACUCUACAGACGAUUUAAAAAAAAAAAAAGCCACAAUAGUAGAGCGAGAGGGGUUCCAGCUCAGGGCAGAAGAUUCUGGCAAAGUAUAACUUCUGUGGCGUUCCUACGGCAACAGCAGUUUACAAAGCCGCCGGGGUGGAGGAGAGGGAGCUGUCGCCACAGUGCAACAUAUGAGAGGAUAACUCGCCGAAGGAUGAUCACAUGACCGACGGAGAUGGGGAGAACCAAAAACAGUCCUGUUACCAUGGUUACAGUAGAAGGUGACACAUUUCGUGGUGCGCAUGGGAGAGUUGAGGGCCUUUGAGGGGAGUCCAAGUUCAACCAUCCAGUCACAGUAGCAGGAUCAUAGAGCAAAAGAGAAGAGCAGGGAGGAGCUUAAAGAAGCUGCAGCUUGUCACCCGACUGCCUCCCACUCGGGCAGGAUGGAAGAGAACACGGAGGAGGUUAGGACCAUGACUCGGGAGGACGUGUGGCGAGAGCGACUGCAGCGCUCUCAGAGGCAGCUGAAGGCCAAAGAGGACGAGAUGUGUUGGCAGUGCCGGUACUUUGACAACUUUAAAGCGCAACUCCAACACAAGGCGAGCCUGGCCAGGGACAGAGAGGAGAGUCUACAGAGACGCGUUUACACGCUAGAGAAGCAGCUCCUGGAUGUGACCGUGAGCGCCGCCACCGAUGUGUCGGCGUUAAGUGCGGUGAGAAUUACAGCCAAGAGGGCAACGCACUGGAAGGAGCAUGAGAGACUACCUGGUGCUAGAGGAGAAGGUGAAGGAGAAGAGGAGAGAAAUCAAGGCAGGAGGCAGCUAAACGUAGGAGCUCAAGGAGACGGCGCACGUGAAGACAAAGGAAGGAACGUAGACAACAAUGUGAGGCUGCAAGGUUUCAUCGUGAACCUGCAGGAGGAUCUCAAGGUGCUGCUGGAGAGAGAAGAAAGCGGAGUGUCCGAGCGGCGGAGGCUAACGGAGCAGCUCCAGGAAGCUCAGGAGAGCCGUCAGUUGCUGUGCUGCAAGGUCCAGGAGAUGGAGGAGGAGAUACAACAGCUGAAGUUGUCUGAAGGCAUCCUUGUCAAGGAGAUGGAAGCGCUUCAGUGUGACCUUAGCAGUCAAACUAAACCAACUCCCUGUCACUUAACCAAUGGACAUCAUUCAGAAGAAAGCCCUGGAAAGGUGCUGAAUGAGAAGGAUGCAGUUCCAGUUGAUCAGCACCAGGCGGCAGCAGGGAGCACAAAGCUCGGCCAACCAGCUCCCAUCCUUGGUGCCAAACACGCAUCUCAGCGUUCAUCUAAGAUGUGCUCUUUUCCUGGCCUCCGUCUCCAGUCACUAGACGACUGGGGCUCUACAAGGGACUUCAACGUGGAGGAAAUGCCCAGCGAGGAAUCUGAUGCCCUGAGGGAGGCGUACAGGAGCUUGGGAUUGGGUGGGGACAUUGAGGGUCUGAAAGAGCAAUAUGAGCGUCUGGAGGCCACCCUGCAACUCUCACAAGAGCAGCUGCAGGUGAUGGCUCAGGAGAAUGAGCAACUGAAAUUGCUACUGCGGAGUCAAGCCGGAGAGAAGUUAAUGCAAAAGGUUAGCACAUCAGCCAAUGAUGGAGAUGAUGCUCGCCAGUCGUCGCCUGUCCAAGAUAACAUCACCGACAGCGAUCUUCUCCAGGCUCUAAAUCAGGAGAACCGUGCCCUGGCUGUCCGGAUCCAGGAGCUUCUGGCUCACAUUGAGCUGAAUGAGGAAGACAUGAAGCGCGAGCGGUCUCAGCUGAGGGCGCGUGUUUUAUGUCUGGAGGAAGACAAAGCCAAGCUGGAGCAGGAGAAGGAAGAGCAAGGUUGCCUGGUCACGGAACUCACCAAGAAGACCGAAGAUGAUCUAAAUACUAUCUUGGAGCUGCAGCAGAAGCUAGAAGAAGUGAGGGCGGAGCGGAGUGAACAGAAGAACAUAAUGUGUGGCGGUCAGAACCCAGCCACAGUUUCAGGGAGAUGUCAAGAGAACAAACCAGUGGAAUGUUUGGUGCAGAGUGAGGAGCAACUACCUCAAUUGACAUCAAGCCAACAAGUAGAUGACAUGUGCACAUGUUUAAAGCCUGUUUGCCAACAGGACCUGCAGAGCCUAAGAGGAGAGCAGGAGGAGCUGACCUCCUCUGUGUUUUCACUCCGACGACAAGAAGAAGACGUCUCUCUGUCAGUCCGAACACAAACUGAAGAGAAACAGCACUUAACUCGGACAGUCUGGGCGCUGAAAGAGGAGAAAGAUGGGCUCUGUCGUGUUUUACAUGAUCUCAAGCAGGAGCGGGAGCAUCUAAUCAGGGAAGUCAGUGGGGUGAAGGACGAGAAAGCUUACCUGCUCAAAUCUGUAAGCGAGCUAAAAGAAGCGAAGGAGAAACUCAUGGAGUGUUUUCCAGCCCUUGAAAGAGAAAAGGACAAACUGUUAGAAUUGCUCUUAAGUGGAAAAGAGGAGAGCAAAGACAUUGGAGAGUCGGUACAACAUUUACAACAGUCAAGUCAGAGCGUUCUCACUUGGACACCGGAGUUAUUGAAUCUGACCGAUUCCCUCAAGCGUCUGAACGAGUUGCCAGAUCAGCCGCCACCGCUCUGUAAUCUGCAGCAAGACCGUGACAGGCUGCUGAAGUCAAUUAGCACUUUGAAAGAGGAAAAAGACCCAAAUGAACAUCCUGUCAGGUGCUUAAAACUGGAGGAAGCACAGACGAUUCAAUCACUCCAAGUUUCAAGAGAAGAAAGAAUUGAUCAACACAGACUGACACAAGAGAAUAAAACCGACUACAGAGUGACUGCGCAGGAAAAUAGACAACAUGUGACAAGAAGCUUCAAUGGAAACAUUGUGCAGGAGCAAAGUAACCUGGUGAGCGAGGUCAGAAUUUUGACAGAAGAACUCCCAAAGUCACAAGAAGAAUUGGCAAAAAGACACAAGGAGACUGCAGAUCUCCACAGGCAGCUGAGCCAAUCAGAAGCCACCAGGCAGGAUGCAGAGAGGAUUGCAGCUCAAGCAGUUGACGAGGUGGAGAGACUGACCCGUUUAAUGGCGCAAACAGAAGACAUCAGCAGGGAGAAUGGCCACCUCACCACACAGGUUAAAGCGCUGCAGAGCAAAGUGGACGUCCUCGUCAGGGAAAAGGCCAUCAUUCUGUCACUGAAGUCCGACAUUGAAGGUCAAUACAAUAUCCUCACAGCACAGCUGAAAGCCAAGACGGUGGCUCUAGAUGAGCUGAAUGCUGAGUACAUCAAUCUGAAAAAAGGGCGUGACAAGGAAGACGACCUGAGCGCUCUCGUGUCCCUCCGCACACGUUACAACGACAUCCGAGCCAAGUACGAUGCACUCCUAAAAGCGAAGACCUCUGCAGAUAAGGAUGUAGUUCCAUUAAAGGCCAAGCUCUCCUGUCUGCUGCUGAAGUGUCAGGAGAGAAACAACCUCUUGGCGCAGACCAUGAGAGCCCUGCGUGAGCACGGCCCCGUGGACGCCACGCUGACCCAGCAAGUCAAUCAACUGCUGGCCGACGCGGUGCUGCUUCACUACACUGCUGCAUUCACACAUGCAGGCUUUACUAAGGACCCAGACCAAGGACUGACAACAGGAUCCAUGAUCAAUUUUCAAAAGUACACUUGCUCCGCAGACCCCGGAAACCAUCGACAUCAAGAGGAUGAUUUCCACACAGAGCAGAAAAGAAAAGAAAGCACCAGCACAGUUGAUGCCAAGUGUGUGCCAGCUGUUCGAAGAAAGAAAAUUGCCAUCUCACCUGUGCCAACCCUGCAAGAGGACAUCAAGGUGCCAUCAUCGCCUGACCCAAAACCCAAAGAAGUGUGUAGUCUUGACACAACCCGGCUGCAGCCCUCCGAUGAUAAACCAGAAAAAACGUCUCCCCUGAACAAAAGACCGGUGUCCUCCAACGUGUCGGACCGGUGCAGGUCUCACCAAAGUCCUGCACCUCCUCUCUCAGUCAGCCCCGUCAGGAGGAGGCUGAGCAGUCCUGAGAAAAUCCUCAACCUGCAGGAGCAACUGCAGCAGACCAUGUUGAGUGUCCCUCGGGCUUCUGGAGAAGAGUCCAGAGGAAGUAUUUCCUUCUCAGCUCCAUCCUUGCAGACAAAGCUAGAGAGCGCCUGUAUCACUGCUCCACCUGCUGGCCCUCUCCCACCCUGCACAGCGUCCAGCCUGGCCAAACCCCCUCUAGCCCCGACAACCACAGCUGCUGCAAGAAGAAAUCAGCCGCCAGCGCUUUUUAACGCAGUCGCAGCAAGAUGCACCAACAAGCUCUUCACACCUCAUUUCUUGGCUAACCAUCACUUUAAAACUCCUCCCUCGCUCUCUGCUAGCGUGUUCCUUGGUAAGGCUUUAUCAAGCAAAGUCAAACCCAGCGCAGGCGGCGACACUAAUGUACCGACAACUCCUAAACUGAAAAGUGCUGAUGCCCAAACCACAUCUCCUGUAACGACAGCCAUCUUUAAAGCUAGUGACUUCACUGCCUCAGACACAAGUGCCCCAAGUCAAGAGAAUGUCCACGACGAGGUGGAUGUCAGCCUGGCAUCAGAGCCUAGUGGGGCUGUGGAGAUCACUGCACUCCACUUCCCUGAGAGACCAUCCAAGUCUGCACCACGGUCCCACAGUGCUCCUGGCAAGAUGAGACCUUCAAGACCCAGAGCAGAAUGUCCAGCAGAGGUGCUCUCUGUGGAGGUCAUCAAACAGGUGGGUCACAGCAGCCUCCUGAUUGGCUGGGAGAGGCCUCCUCUGGACGAGCUGGGCUGCAGUCACGGCACAUUCGUGUAUGGAUACAGGGUGUUUGUGGAUGGGGAGUUCUACAAGUCUGUCAUGAGUUCUGCGUGCACCAAGUGUGUACUAGAAAAUGUGGAUUUGACGGAAGCAGUGGAGAUUGGUGUUCAAACACUCGGCUCUAAUGGGCUGCUUUCAAACAGUGUCCACACCUUUUACACCUGUCCAGGAUCAUGAAGGGCCGUGGUCCUAACUUCAGUCUGGACCAGCUCAACAGUAAGUUGGUCACAUGGUCAUGGCGUCCACUGAGCAAAUGUGCUGAGGCUGCUUUGCCUGACCUCACAGCCAGCAAACUAAAGACGGACUAAAACACAGAGACGUCAAAGCAGGUGAACAUCUUGUCUUUUGCACCAAGAUAUUUUGACGCCACCUGUUGGAUUCAACAUUUUGACAUCCUGUCAGUUAAAUCCUCCCCAAAAAAAGCUGUCCCUCCCUUGCAAAGAAGCCAAGAACUUGAUCAACUAAGACUCCCGGGUGAUUGUUUACACUGCGGUCAACACAGACCGACCUCGUGUGUCGUACUAAUUCACUGAAGAACUUCGGAUGCUCGCGAAAUCUUCAAAUCCACACACUCCAUCAUGUUGGCACACAUUCUACUUCUUUUUACUCGGAAAGCCAAAUAUGAGAGACUAAAAUGAACUCCAAAGACUAUUUCCUGGAAGACAUGGAACACAAAAUCUAUUUCAGAGUUAGAUGACAUGUUUGCACACUUUUUGAUUUGGUGACAAAUCCCAUAACGUUUGCCACGUCUACAGUAUGCGGCUGUAGAGGAACUAAAUUAUUUUUCUAAGGCUGGGUUGGAUUGUUUACUCCUCACAGAUGUACAGAGAAUAAAUGUUUCUAUGUACAAGACAGCAUUGCAAUGUGUCUAGCUGCAACGCUCCACUUUCAACACUAGGGGGCAGCCCUUUUUGCUCUGAGGGCUUUUGGCAUCCCAGAUUUAGAGAAAGGAUGUUGAUCUCGCACAAGAAAAGAAGCAGGAGCAAAGAGCCAUGAAUCACUUGCUGUGCUGGACACUUUUGUGUUGCUGUUUGCUGACGAGCAGCAGAAAGUGCUGUGAUUGGCUUUCUUCAGCCAGGAAAGGUGCUUAGCUCACCUAAACUUCUACAAACGUCUUCUACCUCUGUGACCUUUUGUCUUCUUUUCAUGCUGCUCUUCUUCUGAUGUCAAACAGUGGCUGAAGAUGGACGCUCACUCCAACUAAAUCUAAUAGAACAGGACAAACCUAACCUUGCAAGUACGGUAAAUCACUCCAAUGUUAUCCUUUUUUUAUGUCAUUGAUCAAUGCCAAUGUUCCGUCUGUCUGUCAGUUGGCAAAAUAAAACAAAGUUUUGAGCAGAA